UGCUUGGUCUUGAGUGAUAGUUACAUUUCCAUAGUUUAUAAGAUAUUAGCUCUCGCAGAAGUUUCAUUCUUACUACUUAUACUCUGUUCUCAGGGGAGAGCCUAAAUGUUGGUACAGUGUCCCUGGAAGUGAAGCUGAUGCAUUUGAAAAGGUCAUGAGGAAUAAUCUUCCUGAUCUUUUUGAUGCACAGCCUGAUUUACUCUUUCAGCUUGUCACUAUGUUGAAUCCAUCUGUUCUGCGAGAAAGUGGAGUUCCAGUCUAUACUACACUACAGGAGCCUGGAAAUUUUGUCAUCACAUUCCCCAGAUCUUACCAUGGAGGAUUCAAUUUUGGUUUAAAUUGUGCAGAGGCUGUCAAUUUUGCUCCUGCUGACUGGUUACCUCAUGGUGGUUUUGGGUCAGAAUUAUAUAAACGGUAUCAUAAAUCUGCCAUCAUAUCUCAUGAGGAGCUUCUUUGUGUGGUUGCCAAGGUUCAAAUUCUAUUAUCUUUCACAUAUUCUUUUUGAGUGGCUACUUUUUUCUUUCCUUUUUGUUUAUUGGGUGAAUGUUAGUGACAAUAGUUAAAGAGAAGAGUCGAGGCGUUAGAUAAUGCUGUUAAUCAAAGUGU